AUGACUCUCGUUUUGAUCGAUAACGGCGUUGCGCCCACGCAAUAUGCCCACUGCUUAGUCUUACUAGUCGGUGAUAGAGUCUCUGCAGGCGAGGGGCCACGCGACGACGGCCCGUGGCCCAACAGCGGGAUUCGCGGCGAUGGUGGCGGCGGCACGCGACACAGCGACGGCCACUUAAUACCGCAGACCGACCGCCGGAGGCUCGGCAGCAUCGACGGCUUC